AUGAAUGAGGCCUUCUGGAAACACAAAACAAAAACAUCUCCGGCAAUUGCACAAUUAUUAUUUGUGUUUGCAGUGUUCGUGAAUGGAAAGUUUUGCAAGAAUCCCGACGAAGUCAAUGCUGAUGACUUCUUUUUCCGUGGUCUUAAUAAGCCUGGAGACACGUCCAAUCCGCUUGGUUCUAAGGUUUCAGCAGUGAAUGUGGCCAAUCUAACAGGUCUGAACACUCUCGGCAUUUCACUGGCUCGUAUUGAUUUUGCACCCUAUGGCCUCAACCCUCCCCACACCCACCCUAGAGCAACUGAAGUCAUUGCUGUUUUGGAGGGCACCUUCUACGUUGGAUUUGUUCUUUCUAACCCAGCACCAGGAAUGAAGAACAAGCUCUUUACUAAGACAUUAUACCCCGGAGAUGUUUUUGUGUUCCCAGAAGGCCUCAUUCAUUUCCAAUUCAACAUAGGAAAAACCCCAGCCGUUUUAUUUGCUGCUCUGAGUAGCCAAAAUCCAGGAGUGAUUACAAUUGCCAAUGCAGUCUUCGGUUCUGAUCCACCAAUCAAUCCAGAUGUUCUCACUAAAGCCUUCCAAGUUGACGACAAAGUGAUUGAAUAUCUUCAAUCACAAUUUUGGUACGACAACAACUAGAAUCGAAUUGGUGGAUACCUUCAAUGGUUACACAUUGAAGGUUCUUCCUUCACUGGAUGCAUAAUUAUUAAUAUUAUAAUAAUAAAUAAAUAAAUAAACCACCCUAGCUAUUGUGCGCUUAUAAACUCUUAUGUACUGAAUGCUAUGAUUGAAAUAUAAACUCAUAUAGUAUUUUGUUAUUUCGACUUUGUGUGAAAGUAUACGUGUAUUGUCUACAUCA